GAGGAGUGUAUGUUGUUACUUCUGAUCACUUUAACUGACAGCAAACACUCCGCAGCGUUCCUGUCAGCUUGUACGCCACGGGUCCCGUGUCAGAGUCUGGUGUCGCGGUCUGAGACCUGAAUGCAUCUUGAUUUUCCGCGAGUGCCGCUGAGCUCCUAACAGGUGUUGGGAGGCGCGCCGCCCGGAGAGUGAGGAUGUCCAAUGGGAAAGAGGCGAAAGCUGCGGAAAACAGCUCCUCUGAGAUGACCCUGAAAGAGUGCUUGGAUGAGUGUAUGGAGGCGUUGGAUCUCUUCCUUAACAACCACUUCAAUGAGAGCCUGGAGAAGCUGCGACCAAGAGUGAAUGAGAGUAUGUACCAUGCUCUUAUCUACGCCACAGUGUUGGAAAUGCAGGCCAUGAUGACUUUCCAGCACGAUGACAUCAGCAAUGCAGGAAAUACCAUGAAGAGUGCCCAGGAGGUCUGCCAGAGGUUUCGACGGAAAUCUUCCAGUCUUUCUAACAAAUCAGCAGGGAGCUCACUUUCUGAAGUGCAGCUCCAUGCAGAAGUCUGUUAUGCAGAAUGUCAACUCCAAAGAGCUGCUCUCACCUUCCUGCAGGAUGAGAACAUGGUGAGUUUUAUCAAAGGAGGGAUCAAAGUACGAAACAGUUACCUUAUUUACAAAGAACUGCAUUCCUUCAUAAAAUCUCACACCUGUCUCAAAGGACCCAGCCACAUUCACUUAGAGGGAGGAAUAGCAUUUGGAAUAGGGGCGUUUAAUCUGACUCUCUCUCUCUUCCCUCCACGGAUACUCAAAGUUUUGGAGUUUGCAGGCUUCUCCGGAGACAAGGAAUAUGGUCUGUCUCUUUUGCAUGACGGUGCGACAGGGAUGAACCUGCGCUCCAUGCUGUGUGCUCUGCUACUUCUCUGCUACUACACCUUCCUCACAUUCAUACUAGGGACAGGUGAGGGAGAGGUGGCUGAAGCUGAGAGAUUGCUGAAACCUUUCCGUCUCCGCUACCCACGGGGAGCCAUAUUCCUCUUCUUCGCUGGCCGAACUGAGGAAAUCAAAGGGAACAUUGAUGAGGCGGUGACGCUCUUUGAAGACGGCUGUAAGGCCCAGCAGACGUGGAAGCAGUUUCACCACAUGUGCUACUGGGAGCUGAUGUGGUGUUUCACCUACAAGCGUGCGUGGAAGAUGGCGUACUUCUACGCUGACCUGCUGAGCAAGGAGAGUCGGUGGUCCAAGGCCAUGUAUGUGUACAUGAAAGCUGCUUACCUCAGCAUGCUGCCUAAGGAUGAGGCCAGGCCUUUUGGUGAGGAUGAGGUAGAGUUGUUUAGACAAGUGCCCACCUUAAAGCAGAAGAUAGCAGGGAAGUCUCCUCCAACGGAGAAGUUUGCAAUCCGUAAAGCGAGACGCUACAAGGCGGCCUGCCCGGUCAGGUUACCUGUACCAGUGCUGGAAAUGAUGUACAUGUGGAAUGGUUUCAGUAUGAUCAGCAAGAGGCCAGAGCUAACUGAAGGCAUGAUGCAGACAUUGGUGGAGGCAGAGCGCACUCUACUGGAAACUCCUGAAAAUGAGUACACAGUGGAUGACCGCUGUGUGAUCCACAUGUUGAAGGGUCUGUGUUUGAAGAAUCAAGGUCUCCUCCAGGCUGCUGAAGAGUGUUUUAACAAAGUGUGUUCCAGUGAAAAGAAGAUCAGGUUUGACCACUACUUGGUGCCCAACUGUCUUGUGGAGCUCAGUCUGCUUUACAUAGACCAAGGCAGAAGGGAUGACGCAAUCAGGAUACUGCACAAGGCCAAACACAGAUACAAAGACUACUCCAUGGAGUCUCGUACACAGUUCAGGGUGCACGCUGCUCUCGCCAAACUCAAGGCUGACCCCGGCGAGGAUGACGACACCCAUCUCUAAGACUGCACAGGCUCCUCCCACUGGAGUCUCCAUUUCCCCUCACAAGUGCACACUGGGUAUUCUAUUGCUGUGAUCCGGUUUACCUUUUUAUGUGGUUAUAUGCACUCCACAGUUAGACAAAGGUAUAAUCUGUAGAAUAUUUUUCAUCCUUGUCAGAGAAGCACAGCUGAGGGACCUUAAAAUGCACCACCUUCCACAGUUUAACACACACUUGAUUGUAUAUAUGGGAGCCGUUUAUUUUAUAGACAAUGUUUUAUUGUUUACACUGAUAUACACUAAAUCUUAAGUGAUUCAAAGCCACUAGAAAUAUUUAAUGCAAUAAAUUAAGACUUAAUGAAAUGUAAUGAAUUUAUUUUACUGAACUAAAACAGCUCUGUGUAAUAUGCAGUAAUCAUCCCUGUGAGGUCCAGGUACCCCAAACCCAUCAGAAUAUGUGAUUUUUGGCUUUUGAGAAUGGUUCUGAGUGUUAGCAAUUAGGGGAAAAAAAAAAAAAUAUAUAUAUAUAUAUAUAUAUAUAUACACAUUUUAACUGAAAAACAUCAAAAACUAUUUAAACCUGGCCCCAUAUUUCUUAUUUUUCCUCCAACAGCAGGGUUAAGUUUAGGGUUGGUGUUACUUAUCAAUGACAACUUGGACCUCGCAGGGUUGAAAGCUGCUGUUGCCACGUUUGAAGUUAAGAUGGUUCCAGCGUUUCACGUCCAGCUGCACAAACACAUCGUUCUAAAAUGUCUUAGCAUCCCAUUCUGUAUGGGUGCAGCAGAAAACCGUAUGAGCACGGCAGCGCUGGAGAGGCCAGACUACUGCUGUUCACAUUCACCGGUCCUGAAGUGCUCGACUGGAUCUUAUGUCGGUGUUGAGACAUACUUUGAUCGGGGUGUGCACUUUUCAAAAACUUGACAGUAUGUAUAAAAUUAUUUUUGUAUAAAUAAAUUGUUCUUAUGAAUGUCUGCAUUC